GAAAACAAAUUCGUUUCAUUUGUCGCAAUGGGCGAAGGCUGGCACAAUUAUCACCAUUCGUUCCCGUGGGAUUAUAGAGCAGCAGAGAUUGGAUCGCCGCUGAACGUUACCACUUUCUGGUUAAACUUGUUUGCAAAAAUUGGUUGGGCCUACGAAUUGAAAACAACGUCUUCGGAAUUAAUCGACGCAAUGGCAAAUAAAAAAGGAGACGGAUCCCAAAGGCCACAAUAAAUAUUUUGUAAAAGACAUUUUGGCAUGUUUUAUUUUUUUAUAUAUUUUAAAAAAUGAAAUACCUUAUCUUCAAUUAUUGGUGUGCCUGCAAAUAAAAUAGUAUACAAACCUCGGAGGAACGUUUUCAUUUCUGUCGCUUCGCGUCUCGAUUGACUAUAUAAAUCUCUCGACAGUGAUGAUUGUAAUGAAACACUUCCCCACUCGGUAUGUAAUAUACUAUUAUAGAGUUUCUAGUCAUUAUCAAAAAAUUUCUAAAUUUACGUUUCGUUUUUUUUUUUUUUUGUGUUUGAAAAUCUUGUUUUUAAGAAUUUAUAAAGUACCUACAAUGUUUCAACAGUUUCUUUAAUCAGUAUCUUAA